AUGGCCAAACGCAAGUACACUCUACAGAUAGCCGAUGGCAUGAGCGCGGAUAUCAGCAUCGAGCGCCCACGAACCGAGGGGAACGUGAGGGUUUACACGGCUGCGGAGGCGCUCCAGGAGAAAGAGAGGAAGGCGGCGGAGAAGAAGGAAAAGCUCCUGAAAAAGCGCAAGGCCAAGGAAGAUGAGAGGAACGAGAAAAAGAUUGCUCAGAUCCUGGCUCUAGCCGACGAAACCCGACGGAUGAUUCGUGAGAUGAGAGAAGUGGUCGAGCAGACCGAUUCGGACGAAGUUCUGUUGAAGGACAAAGUCGACAGUCUGUUCAAACUGAUGAGGUGCGCUAUUUACGAGUCAGACGAGAUCGAAGUGGUCGAGGUUCCCGACUUUCUGGAUAGGUGCACGCUGUGCGGAACGGCCAUACCCUUGCACGAAUCCCACCUCUGGUUGGACGAUGUUCUGAAAGCAGCGUGGAUGUGCUCGCCUUGUCGGAAUGGGUUAACUCGAUCGGUGGCCUUCAAGGAAAGGCUGAACGUGGUACGACAGGACACCCGGAAGAUCCUGGACGGGCUUCUGAAAAAGGACGAUCCAGAACUCAAAGACAUGUGCUUGACCCUCAUGGAGAUAUUCUGCAAGAUGGAAGAGAACAGCCGGAGCAAUAUAACGGCAGGGUCUGAAGUGGAGGAUGAUGAGGACGACGAUGAGAAGGAGGCUGUAAAGUUCACCCAACUCGCCAUAUGGGAGGAGGUUGAAGCAAACCUGCCGACAUACGAAUCUUUAAAGGCGUCGGACACGCUUACGGGAAAGCUGCCUGACAUGAGGAAAGUGCUCGGACCUGUAGAAAACAGAUACAUGCAGUUCUUUUCCAAAGAGCACGAGAGGUCACUCGUUCACAAGAGUGUGACCAACCGCAACACAGCCAGCAAGGCAAGGUGUAGCAUCGUCGGUAGGACGCCGCAGCUUUUGACAGAUGAGGAGGCGAUGGCUGCCUGGUUGCGUCAGGAGCGAAGAAUGAAAGGCUACUUUGUCGAGCUUAGAAGGUACGACGAGUUCGCCCUGGAGACUUUACAGAGAGUCGAGGAGAACCUGGGAGAGAUGUUAGCAGAGGACCUAAGGGGAGAUUUGAUGAGGGAGAUAGAGAGGCAGUCAAUGAGGCAGACGUACGUGAAAGCGGUGUUGAAGGAGAGGGGUGAUGCAAAGAGGGCUUUGAAAGCUGAGAAGCCCGAGACUGAAAAUCCUAAAUCCUCAUGA